AUGAACAUUUAUCGAUUUAAGACUAAAUUGAACCCGCGACCUUCUGUAUUGGAAGUCUUGAUGCGUACACAAAAACAACCAUCCGGUGCAUAUGUCGGAGAAUGCUCUACCACCCCUAUCGCGGAUCCAGAAGCUUCCAGUAGCGCGUCACCCUCUGAAAACCACGAGCAACUACAAAAUUUGGUCAUGAUAAGGAAAAUGCAAGAAUUUAUUGAUAAUGUUCUUGCUCAGGAAAUGGGUUUUCCCUCCAAACCUGAUGUGUUAAAUAUUGAAAAGGCAUGCGAAAAUAUUCCCUCCGAUAUGCAUAGUACUAAUGUCGAAUAUGCAAAUGAAUUCAUCGAAAACAUGCAGAACAGCAAAAUGUCACAAAAGGAUUAUCUUAGACUCAUGUUAUUAUUAGAAAACCAUCAAACCAUUUUCUCCCAUGAUGACUUGCGCAACGUGAUAACGGAACUUUGCAAACCUGCUGCAUAUAAAGAAGAUCCCGUUGAAACGACCACAAUAUUGUUGGAAUUAAAUUUGCGUUCCUUACUAUCGGCCAUUCGAGCAUACAGCUCUGUAGAAACUCUCACCCGCAAGUUCCGUGAGGAGAUUCUCGCAAAGCUAGCGGAAUUUGCGGAUCUUCAUUAUAGAAACUCGAGCAAUGCCGUUAACACAAUCAGGAAAACGAAUCCAGAGUUGGCUUCCAGGUUUUUCGAAGAAGUUAACACAGAUGAAAUGAACUCUAAGGUGACAAAGCUUUUAAGAAACAACAAUAUAGAUUUCCUACUAACUGUACUCCACGAUACGGUUCGCGACAUGGACGAUGAUGAUGUGACCUCCGAAGCAACAUGUCGAGCGGCAACGCUAACAAUAAAUAGC